AUGAGAGCCUUACAUGUCGCACAAAGCAGCGCGGUAGCGUUGUAUACGCUCCUUGCAACCAUAGCAGUAUCUGCCUCUGACGUCGACUCUGCUUUGUUAACCCGGAUGUCAUCUACCGUCCCAAGUUCCGCUAUUGGUUGUCCCGCCGACGUCGUCCGAGAGGAUAUCGCCCGUAUCGCUGAAGCUGGGGGCGGUGGCAUCGAACUGUUGCCCUUCUACUUGUAUGGCCUUCCGACAGCACAGGGCAUGAACGCUACACCGCCCACAGACUGGAAUGUAUACGGGUUCGGCACACCUGCUUUCAACGAUCUGUUCCAGGCUGCUCUGAAUGGCUUGAAGGAAAGUAAGGGUGUGCCUGUGGUUCCAGGGACACCGGGGUUAGCUGUCCAACUACUGCUGGGAAACACAUCUGUCCACGCCGGUCAAUGUUAUUCUUCCACAGUUCCGCCGCCAGCCGAAUUGUCAUCCCUGAUGCAAUCGGGCUUGUCAUUUAUGCAUCCUCUGAAGGAUUUCGGCACCCCUAACCUGACUGCUGUCAUUGCGUACCAAGUGCUUAACAUCACUUUGAGCGGCAGUACCAAAAUUGUAGCGCUGGACCUGCUCUUGUUUGUUGAUCUGUCCGCCAAGGUGAAGGAUGGUCUACUAGACUGGACAGCACUGUUGGGCAAUUCAACCUGGCGUGUCUUCAGCUUCUGGGUCAAGCAUACCAACCAACGCAGCUGCACAGGCGGUCGCGAUGCGACCACUGUUAUUAUUGGUAAUGGUUCUUGGAUUGUCGACCAUUUUGAUGCCAUGGGAGCGCGAUUGAUCACCGAUUUUUGGGAUCAGCAUAUUUUGAGUGACGAACAAACCUUGACUUUUCUGCAAGAAGUGGGACAGUAUGGUACUGUGAGCUCCUUUGUUCUUCAUGAAAACACCACUGGUGACUUUGUAGCGUGGGAGGACAGCAUGGAGAUGCUCUCGUCGUUAUACUGGACGCCGAGUCUAUUAACCAUGUUUGAGCAGGACCGCGGGUACAGCGCUCUCCCAUGUCUUCCAGCUCUUUUCAAGCAGCAGAAUAACUGGAAUGCGAUCGUGCCAUCGUACAAUGAGAUGUACACGCUUGGAAAUCAGAAGGACAGACUACAUUGCCCAUUUCAGUCAGUGGACGCACGGAAUUGGGAUCCAGUAUUCGAGUCAGCCAGCAAUAACCUGCCACUUGAAAUGUUGGGUGAUAUCCCUCUCUCCGAUGCGCCAGAAUGUGAGUCGCUAGGCUUUAGUGAUAACGUCGACGCAUAUCGCCAAUUCAGUGGGCCCGCUCAUAUCAGUAGUCGCAACGUCGUCUUGAAUGAAAUGGGGGCAGUGAACAAGCCGGCCUAUAUGCUCACAAUACCAGAGCUUCUAUACUCCAUCAAACGAGCCUGGUCCGGGGGUGUCAACAUGGUCGUCCUGCACGGGUACACCUAUUCUGGCAAUUAUCCCAAUACGACAUGGCCUGGGUAUACGACCUUCGGCUUUGCGUACACCGAGAUGUGGAAUCAAAUCCAACCUGCUUGGAUUCAUAUGAAGGACUACCUGAAUUAUAUCUUGUGGAAUCAAUUUAUAUUGCAGCAGGGCUGUCCACAGAUUGAUUUAGCGCUAUAUCUAUAUAAGACCCUGUGGAAUGCUAUAGACCUGCUUCCUUUGAACAAUAUAACUACUGCUAGCUACACUCAUAAUUACAUUGCGCCCAAUAACCUCAUUCCACUCUACAAGGCCCUGGUUUUUGCCUCGUCCACAUUUAACAUAUCUACCUUCAAUCUUGUUCGGGAAGAUGUGGCGGCACGAGUGGUAGAGUUUGCUCAAAAGGGACUACCCGUGGUAUUUGUUGGUGGCCUACCGCAGGUGACAUCAAAUACUCAGGCCGGUCAAAUUGUGGAGGGCGGGUGGCAUAAGAUACAAAACUUGCCAUCCGUCCAGUUUGUCUCCUCACUUGCAGAUCUCCCUGGUGCCCUGAGUAAGGUAGGAGUCACGCCAGAUGUUUUGCCAAACUGUACUACCGGUACACUGCGCGUGGUGAAGCGGUCCAGGCCCGAAGACGAGCAUCCAAGACAACGGAGCGAGAACGCCGCACCAUCUCAAUGCUUGGACUGGGGAGAAAAAGAUGAUCGGCGAGAGAAGUCCACUGUAAUCACGGUUUCUCUACAGUUCGCGCCAAAUGAGACGAGCAUUAUAAGUCUCGAGAAGAGCGGCAGUAGUGAUCCUACAAACUUGACCAUGCUCGCAAGCAGCAGUACAUCAAGGCGAUACAGCAUAGCUAACCUGACACGUUGGGACCUGUCGGUCGAAGAGUUUCACGCUCCACGCCGCCGUUCUCAAGCCCAAACAGCCAUCACAUCGCACAACUUCUCCAACAUCGCCCUCAGACCAUGGAGCGCUAUCUCUCCUGUUUUGACCAACGUGGGAGGCAUUGGUUGA